GAGGAUCGAGGAUAGUUUUAAUAAAUGAGACACCGACUCCGACUGGUGAAAACUGGCCUCGUCGGUCUCGUGCAGCAGCUGACCAAUCAGCCGCGUCCGGGUCUCAACACGAGCAACAGUUCAGUUCGAGAUGGCGCCCAGCUCGAAAUCAGAAAAGAAGGCUGUCAAACACAGAACCGAAAGAAGGCACAAAGACCACGUCGUGAAACUUCUCGUGCGAGGGAAGCUUUCAGGGCAGUUCUCCCAGAAUCUUUUCAGGAAGCUCCCUCCGCGAGUGUGUGUCCCAUUAAAGAACAUUGUCAGUGAGGAAUACUUGAGAGCAGGGCAUAUCUUCCUUGGCUUCACCAAGUGUGGCCGCUACGUUCUGUCCUACACCAGGGACUGGGGAGAGGAUGAUGAGUUUUAUUUCUAUACCUACCAUCUCUAUUGGUGGGAGUUUAAUCUCCACAGUCGACUCAGACAGGUUCAAUAUGUGCGCCUGUUUGCAGGUGAAGAAAUCUACAAUGACCUUUACCUCACUGUGUGUGGGUGGCCAAAUGACCAGUCUAAAAUUGUCAUCUUCGGUUUUAACUCUCUCCUGAUGAACUUGAUGAGCGCCGAGAACUACCGAGAUAUCUCCAUGACAAUCGUUUCAAUGCCUCCACCUCAGCCUUGCCCCGACUGUUGUUGUACACUUCCCUCGACCACAUCAGUACGCAAUGGAAGCGGCGAGUGUUUGGAGCACGGCUACGUGCUCAACAGCAAGUAUCAGGUGGUGUACCCCUUUCCUACUUUUCAGCCUGCUUUCCAGCUGAAAAAGGACCAGGUCAUCCUGUUAAAUACCAGCUACUCUCUAGUGGCUUGUGGUAUCUCUCUCUGCAAAGGCAAGGCUGGUCCGUCAUCCCCAAUUCUCUACACAAAGAGAGCAGCUUUGUCACAUCAGGCGUCCACAUGCUCCUCUCCCACUGCCUCAACUUCCUCGUUGUCUCAGGGAUUUCCUGAUAGGCACCCGACACAGAGCGGGUUCACCCCUGCGCCUCCUUCUCCCAACCAAACACAAGCAGCAAUGCGAGCCAGAGAAUUCGCAGCCGACCUCUUCCGACGGGCCCAAGGCGGAGCGGGUGGAGGUGAAAAAGAGGGAGCACCGAAACCAUCAGAGCCGCUGGUGGUAAACGGCCAGCAGGAUGAGCAGGAUUGUCCAAAGUCUAUGCAGAAAGAAACACGGACAUGUUUGCCACAAAUGUCGACAGCCGGCCAUAGUUUAACGCAGUCAUCAGAACAAAUGAUGUCUCCUGCAUCGUCUUCAUCAUCGGCUUCUUCCCCUCCCACCCCACCUGCAUCCCAGGAGGUUGACCCUAGUGAACCUGGAUAUGUCAACUACUCGUGUCUGCACUACUGUUCCAAGCCAGGCUCAUUGGAGCAGAAUACAGGAGGAGAUACAGGUUAUGAAGACGAUAAAGUACAGCUUCCGUUCACCGUCACCGAUCUUAAAGGGCGGAGCCUGCAGCUGGUCAGCGAGCCACACGAUGGACAGAGUGUACGUGUAGAGCAGCUGACUCUGGACUUUGAGUAUCUAAUUAAUGAGGUGAUCAGGAAAGACGCCGCCUGGGCGCCGCAGUUCUGCUCUUUCAGCGACUAUGAUGUGGUCAUAUUAGAGGUUUGCCCGGAGACCAACACAGUCAUGAUUAGCAUCGGCCUCUUGUUACUGGCUUUCUCCCCUUCGGAGCAUUGCAGGUCCAACACGUACCAUUCAAACCUGCAGGUCAGUUGGGACCUUAACACAGGUGUGUGUUGCACUGUAGGCAUCGGUGACCUUACAGAGGUCAAGGGUCAGACCAGCGGGCGUGUGUGGAGUUCUUACAGGAAGUCCUGCGUGAACACGCUGAUGAAGUGUCUCAUUCCUGAGAGCAGCUCGCGCUCCAUCAAUCGCAUGACCAACGAAGGACUACACAAAGGAUCAUCUCUUCAGGUGCUGGCUGAUAGCGAGAGAUGCACAUGGAUUGUCCUGUGAUGCUGGGUGCAAAUCAAAAGGAGAGCGAACGAACGGCCUUGGGGCUCAACUGCACUGUGAUAACGUACACAUCAAAACUGUACUCGGUGUCAUAUACCGGUAACUGCACAUUAUUAUUUUUUGUUUGUUUCAGAGAGACAUCUGUAUUUACAUAAUGUUUAAUUUGUAAGUACAAAAAAACGAACUGGACUGGAUAAAGAUUGCCACAACUAAGUUCUUUUCUUAUACAGUAUAUAAGUACUGUAUAACUAAAGUGUUUGUCUGCUAUAGAGAGUAUUGUGAGUACGUCAACCUGCACCUGUAAAGGAAUAUGUAUUUCUGCCCCCUUUUUGUUGACUCACAAGGCUGUAGUUUUUCUCAUUGCACAGAACAAAGCAACUUUGUUUACUCUAAAUAUCUUGGGGGUGCGUCUAUAAAAGUAUUUGUUUCAUGAUUGUUGGUUCUUCAAGUCCUAUACAUGUUUCACUGGUUGAUGUAAUGCUGUAUAUUCCUAGCAAGGAAUUAGGAAUAUUUCUUGAAGUUUUGUCAAAAUGAAAUGUUGCAGAUUGUGUCAAACAAUA